CACUGUUGUCACGAAGUUACUACACUAUUCAUUGUUGCCCUUAGGCUACUUCGUAACGAGAGCAUUUCGAAAAAAUUUAAUACUGCGUGUACAACAGUAAUGAAUAUAUAUCGUAACUUUAUUUCCAUCAGCUGUUAUUGUGGCAUAACUUAAAAAGGUACAGGAGAAACCUUUUCGGGCGGGUCUUGCAUGAACCCUAAUGGGCUAUCCCCCACAGGGCCGUUUCAAUUGGCUCUUGUAUUCUUGGCUGUGUUACAGCACGAGCGGGAUACAGGAAUUCUUGUGUGGGAAUUCAAGCCGAACGACCACAGGAGAGCAUAUGGUUGGAAAUAUAGCUGAUGUUCCGAAAACUAUGUCCUGAUACGUUGCUUCAGACAGCAAAGGUCACGAUCUUCCUGCCUCCCUCUACGUUGUUGCCUCCUCCUGCACCUCCUGCUUCCCUUCCAGAAGUGACUAUUGGUACCGUCGGUUCCACCCAGGGGUCCUCCCCUCCUUCACGUCCGGCUGACAAGCCCCCCUUAUUUCCCUCCUCUCUACUCUCCCGGUCCCCGUCCCUGAUCCCCCUAAGCCCCGUUCUUGUCCCCUUGUCCCCCAGCCCUGGCAACAUGUCCAUCGCCCUGAAGCAAGUCUUCAACAAGGACAAGACCUUCCGGCCGAAGCGGAAGUUUGAGCCAGGCACUCAGCGUUUUGAGCUCCAUAAGAAGGCCCAGGCGUCCCUGAGUUCGGGGGUGGACCUCCGAGCGGCCGUGGCUCUGCCCCACGGGGAGGACCUGAAUGACUGGGUUGCGGUGCAUGUGGUGGACUUCUUCAACCGCAUCAACCUCAUCUACGGGACGGUGUGCGAGUUCUGUACUGAGAAGAGCUGUCCGGUCAUGUCCGGUGGCCCACGAUACGAGUACAGGUGGCAGGACGAUCACAAGUACAAGAAGCCCACGGCGCUUCCUGCUCCCACGUACAUGAACCUUCUGAUGGACUGGAUAGAGGUUCAGAUUAACAAUGAGGACAUCUUCCCCACCAGUAUAGGCAUCCCCUUCCCUAAGAACUUCAUCCAGAUCUGUAAGAAGAUCAUCUGUCGUCUGUUCCGGGUGUUCGUCCACGUCUACAUCCACCAUUUUGACCGGAUGAUCCAGAUGGGUGCCGAGGCCCACGUCAACACCUGCUACAAGCACUUCUACUACUUCAGCACGGAGCUGAACCUCAUCGACCGCAAGGAGCUGGAGCCCCUGAAAGAGAUGACCUCUCGGAUGUGUCACUGAGGCGUUGAAACCCUGGAGCUGGUUGCUAGAACAAGCAGGGUCUCUGACUCCCUACUCUGUUGGCAUGACAGGUAACCAUGGAGAUACCCCGAGGUACUUGAUCUGAUGAGUUGGCUCUAAACCUUGAUGACAUUACCGUGAUUCGGUUAAUUAGAUGUCAUUUUGAUCUCCAGAGAAGUACCUGCAGAUAACCAUUUCUGGAUGGAUGGAUCCACACUUUAGUAAAGAUGGACUCUAAUCGUUUCUCCUAUCCUCACUAGUAAUUCUGCGGGACUCUGAUCUCUAGCCAUGUUUACACCCGGUGCUAAAAUGCGUCCUCUACCCUGAUCUCGUCCAUAUUUUAAUUAUGCCCACAUUUUUUGACGGGUGAAUAAAACAUACGCAGUGAGUUGACUGAUCAAAGUUAGGCCUUGUUUACACCCAAUUCUAACAUGCCUCCUGUUUUUCCUGAUCUUGGCCCCAUCUUGUCUGUUUACACUUAAAAUCUGAUCAAAAUCAGAUCACCAUGUGUCUUUGUAAUUAUGAAUCUGGUCAGGACUGGGACAAAGGGGACCUGUUGUUAAGGAACUCCCUCUAUUUCACGGAGUCACGGAGGAAGAGCAAAGGAACACUUCCUAAUGUAGGACUAGAAGGACGACCCCCCCCCGAUGACUGACUGCUCACAGGGUGUGUCCUCCGUUCCAUUCUUUUCCCCAUAUGUCACACUACACUUGACCUUGGCCAAUGGAAAUAACCUUAAGUGCACUAAGAAUGUGAUGCUAUUUUCAUCCUGAGGUUUUUGGACUGGGAUCCACCAGGGGGCAGUCUACACUGGGCAAAAGCUGUGUAGCCGCGGUCGAUACACCACUGUGCUGAGUGUGUACAAUGACAGAUUUACCUGUUGUUGAUUCUCAUGAUAAUUAUUGGGUUGUUUUAGUGUUUGUCUCUGCUUUUUCCCUGGUAGCUAAAAAGUUAAUACCUGAAAAUCGUUGCAACAUGUACUGUCUACAUGUCUCUAAUUUAUCAUUUUGGUGUGUAAAGACUAGAUUUUAUUAAUGAACUGUGUGUUUAGUGAGUUUGAACUGGGCAAUAUGACACGUGUCUAUGAUGUUUUAUAUUUUAGCUGCUAAAUGUGGUUGAGUCUGGGAGCGCUCAGUGGUUUUGAAACCGGGAGGUAUAUUAAGGAGUCUACAAACAGAUGAGAAAUUGGUUUAUUUUUUAAAUGUGUACGUUUAUAUUACAGCACCAGAUCAUACACUUGUGACCAAGUGAUCCAUGGAAUAUAUUUAGAGGAUUUAAUACAAAACAAUGUAAUAUUAUAAAUCAACACUGAUGUUAUCCACAGACCAAACGCUUUGUCAAUGUAAUACUUCAAUUUGCCCAGUGAGGAAAUGUGUAGAAUAACAAAGGUCUGGUAAGGGCUCAAGACUUGCCUGAUUCUAGUCCAACAUGUGUUCUAUUAUUAUGUCACUGAUCUGAUUGAGGGAGGUUCCAUGAGGGGUGGGUUCCCUCGCCCCAACAAGUUUUGGAACCAAUGGUUUAUAACAGUAGUAGUGGUAAGUGAUUUGGUGAAUCACAUUUUGGAUAAAUUGUGUGUGGAUUUCAUUAUUCAAAAGCAAAGAGACUUUUAUUCUUUCUGGCUGUCCUGCAAUAUUUUCUGAGCAAAAUAAAAUAUUGAUACCCAGAGUUCUCAA